AUGGGUUCACAGAGACUCACGUAUGAACUUGAUGAGAAGGGCAAGUAUACGUCUCGCCGGACUCACGACUUGGCCUAUCUACCUGCGGCCAGCCGCCUCAAGACAAUCGCGGUCCAUAUCCCCGAGUCUUCCAAGUCGUACAUGCGACGCAAGCAUGAACCCCCAAAGAUCAUCGAGUACUUGGAAGAGAUCACGCGAGACCAGCCAAACUACCGACUCUUCCGCGAGCUACGUAGUCUUCAGGGGUUAGACUAUGUGUGUUGUCUUCGUGGUCUGAGAGAAGUCACAUUCUGGGAUUAUGACAGGUGGCUGAACGAGGAAGCAAAGAUGCCAGUCCGCGACUGGACUUUCGUUCGGGACAUCAACGAUUGUGUGCGUCGAGAGAAAUCGCACAACAAUGAGCACUUCUCUCAGAUUCGCUACUUGGCACCGGUAAUGAAAGGGUGUCGUCCCAGUAUCGCGCUCGCGGCGAGACUUGAAGCAUUCGUCAAUCCACCGCCUCGGCCUGCAGGACUCCUUACGCUUUCACCUGACGGUGAGCUUCUGUAUCCACAACCUCAGGCUUCUGUGAACCAUCUCAUCGUUCUCUACGAUUCUGAUGAUGAGGAUCAUCCUGAUACUGAUGACACUGGUGAAGCUGAAGCUUCCAGUAAUGAAGGCUCAGGCGAUGAGGGCUCGGGUGAUGAAAGCGAUGCUGACGACAGCCCGGAUCACGAUGAUGGUGGUGAUGCAGAUGGUGUUGUUGCUAAUGGCAAUCUCGAGACUAUUGAUAUCAGUGAUGAUGAGGCUGAUGAUGAGGAUGAUGAUCAUGGCGAAGCCGGAGAUGUCGCACCAGAAACAACCAACACGACAGAAGCCGACAGGGUGGCUAUGCCGCCUCCAACAGCCCCUGUUCGUGCGAAUUCGCGUGGGCAGGAAACAUCGCCGCCGUUAUUCAUGCAGAGUGCUACCCCAGAGUCUCCGCGUCCAAUGUUUGUCCAGAAGCUGGAAACACCGUCGUCACCAGGUGCCUCAUCUCACACCGAAGGCACUCCAGCAAGAGCAAAGCGUGAGGAGAGUUCCUUGUUUGUAGGCUCUCCUCUUCACGGGGGUCGAGAUUCACCUAUCGACAUGACUCAGGAUGCCGACAUGCCAUCUCCUGAAGGGCAAAACAAAAGAUCUUUUGCCUCCUACAGCACGGUUGAUGAAAACGACGAGUGUCUUUACAUGGGUAGCUCGCCCAAGAGAGCAAAGACCGAAGAAGAUGAUGGUGUCGAUGGCGGCAGUGGUAGUGGAAAUGCUGCUAAUGCGAGCUCUGGGCCGUUCAUCAUAAAUGAUGAUGAUUGA